UAAUUAUUUUCUUCUUAUAAUAUAUUUAUAUAAUAUUCUGUGAUUUAAUGAAGAUUCGUAAGUUGGUGGAAGGGUGUAAACCAGUUAUGAUAAUGGUGGUGGUUCAAGUGGCAUAUUCUGGUAAUAAUGUGUUAUAUAAACUUGCAGCUAUUGAUGGAAUGAGCUUAAGAAUCAUUAGUGCCUAUAGAUUCAUUUUUGCCACUGCUUUCAUGCUUCCUCUUGCUCUUUUCUUUGAGAGGAAGAAUAGGCCUAAACUUACGUGGACGGUGCUCUUUCAAGCAUUUCUUUGCGGGUUAUUGGGGGGAUCCUUGUUUCAAAAUAUGUACUUGAAGAGUUUGGUCUUAACAUCUGCAACCUUUGUUUCUGCCAUGUAUAAUCUUGUACCAGCAGUCACUUUCAUCUUAGCCAUCUCAUUUGGGUUGGAGAAGUUGGCAAUAAGAACCCUAGCAGGGAAGGCAAAAGUGGUGGGGACACUAAUGGGUAUUGGUGGGGCCAUGUUGCUUACCUUUUAUAAGGGAGUGGAAAUCAACAUAUGGAAAACACAAAUUGACCUCUUGAAGGAUUAUAAAUCCAAUGGUGAUGGAGUAGUCCACUUGGCUUCAUCUCAUUCUAAGCAUGCAUUAGGCUGUUUGUUGGCUGUGGCAAGUAGCUUUUCCUAUGCCUUUUGGUUAAUCAUUCAGGCUAAAAUGAGUGAAAGAUAUCCAAGUCCAUAUUCAAGCACAGCAUUGAUGUCUUUAAUGGCAUCCAUCCAAGCAUCUGUUUAUGCUUUUUGCAUGGAGAAAGAUUGGAGUCAAUGGAAAUUAGGUUGGAAUAUAAGGCUGCUUACUGCAGCUUAUGCGGGAAUAGUAGUAGCUGGAGUGAUGGUAACUCUGGUGAUAUGGUGUGUGCGCUUGAAGGGCCCCGUAUUUGUCUCCAUUUUUAACCCUCUAAUGCUUUUAUGUACUGCAUUUGCCGGUUCUAUGUUCCUUGACGAGAAUCUACACCUUGGAAGCAUAUUAGGGGCAACAAUGAUAGUUUGUGGAUUAUAUGCGGUGUUGUGGGGAAAAAAUGCAGAGAUGAAGAAAAUGUCUCAGCUUGUUCUAUCAAAAUCAACCUCUAAAGAAGCAGAAACAAUAGAGUUGGUUAUUUCUCCUCCCAAAAAUGGCAAUUGCAAGAACAGUUCCGAUGUUCAAAAUUGCAAUGGUGAUGAUUUAUCAGAAAAAUAAAUGCUUUAUGUAAUUAUCUUCAAUGCAUGGGUUAGAGAUUAAAGCUUUGGAUACUUACAUAUAUGGUAUUCUGUCUUUGUUUUGUUUUUUAUAUGAUAAAAUUUUGUUGCGUUUGCAAAUAAUUGUGGAAUUGUUGCAAUAUGUCCCAGCAAAAAAUUAUAGCCUUUCCAACAGUAGUGCUCAAGCAAAGCAGGGAUUGAUGUAGAAAUGAUGUCCAGACGCAUGUACGCACAGACCCUUUUAUAAUUCUAUUUUUAGCUA